AUGGCUGAAAUUGUUGUUUCUACCUUCUUCACGGUGGUCUUUGAAAAGCUGGCUUCCGAAGCUUUGAAGAAGAUUGGUCGUGCCAAAGGAAUCGAUUCCGAGCUCAAGAAAUUGAAAAGAUCAUUAGGCCAGAUCCACGAUCUGCUUAAUGAUGCUUCUCAUAAGGAAAUAACUGAUGAAGCUGUUAAAGCAUGGCUGAAUGAUCUCCAACAUUUGGCUUACGACAUAGAUGACCUACUUGACGAUUUGGCAACUGAAGCUAUGCAUCUUGAAUUGAGCGAGGUAUCGGGAACCACCACCAGCAAGGUAAGAAAGCUAAUCCCAAAUUGUUGCAGCAAGUUCUCAUUAAGUAGUAGGAUGCAAUAUAAGUUAGAUGGUAUUGGCGCCAGGUUACAAGAACUAGUGGAGGCAAAAAAUGAUCUUGGGUUAACUGUAGUCACAAAUGAAAAACCCAAAAUUAUAAGAUACGAGGCAUGUUUGGUAGAUGCAAGUGGUAUUGUUGGACGUGAAGGUCAUAAGAAGGCAUUGGUUCAACAACUGUUGGGGAGUAAAAAUGAAUCCUGUAAUCAAAACUUUAGCGUCGUGCCCAUAGUUGGUAUGGGUGGAGUACGUAAAACAACUCUAGCUAGACUUUUGUAUGACGAAAAGGAAGUGAAGGAUCACUUCGAACUCAUGGCUUGGGUUUGUGUUUCGGAUGAGUUUGAUAUCUCGAGUAUAAGCAAAGUUAUUUAUCAAUCUGUGACUGGGGAAAACAAGGAAUUUGCAGAUUUAAAUCUUCUUCAAGAAGCUCUUAAACAGCAACUUAUGAAGAAACGAUUUCUAAUAGUUUUAGAUGAUGUUUGGUCUGAAAGCUAUGAUGAUUGGGAAAAAUUAGUGGGCCCAUUUCUUGUGGGAGCUCCUGGAAGUAAAGUUAUCAUGACGACUCGGAAGGAGCAAUUGCUCAGAAAGCUGGGUUAUGCUCAUGUAGACUCAUUACAGGGUCUGUCACAUAAAGAUGCUCUGUCUUUGUUUGCUCAACAUGCAUUGGGUGUAGAUAACUUUGAUUUACAUCCAACACUUAGACCACUUGGUGAAGGGUUUGUGGAAAAAUGUGAUGGCUUGCCUUUGGCUUUAAGAACACUUGGGAGGCUGUUGAGGACAAAAACAGAUGAGGAAGCAUGGAAAGAGCUGUUGGAUAGUGAGAUAUGGAGGUUAGGAAAAAGUGACGAGAUUGUUCCGGCUCUUAGACUAAGUUACCAUGAUCUUUCUGCCUGUUUGAAGUUGCUGUUUGCAUACUGCUCCUUGUUCCCCAAGGACUAUGAGUUUGAGAAAGAGGAGUUGAUUUUAUUGUGGAUGGCUGAAGGGUUUUUGCACCAAUCGACUUCAAGCAAGUCAAUGGAGCGUUUGGGUGUCGAAUACUUUGAAGAGUUGCUGUCAAGGUCGUUUUUUCAACAUCUGCCUGGUGACAAACCGUUGUUUGUGAUGCAUGACCUCAUGAAUGACUUGGCUAUAUCAAUUGCUGGAGAUUUUUUCUCAAGGUUAGAUGUUGAGAUAAAGAAGAAAUUUACCAAGAAAAGUUUGGAAAAGUACCGCCAUAUAGCAUUUGAGUGUGACCAUUUCAUGGGUUAUGGAAGGUUCGAGUCAUUCAAAGGAGCUACAAAUGUGAGAACAUUCUUAGCAUUAUAUUCUAAGAGGUACACAAAUCAGGGAUCAUUCAGCAUUUCAAAUAAGAUUGUGGCCAACUUAGUUCAAGAGUUACCAUUACUAAGGGUACUAUGCUUAAGUUACCUCUCAAUAAGUGAGGUACCAGAGUGUGUUGGUGGUAUGAAGCACUUGCGAUAUCUGAACUUAUGUCGGACCUGCAUUCGAAGUUUACCAGAAAAGGUGUGCAAUCUGUAUAAUUUACAGACAUUGAUAGUAUAUCGCUGCACUUCUUUAGCUAAGUUGCCUGAGAACUUCUCAAAGCUUAAAAAUUUGCGUCAUUUUGACUUUAGGCAUACUCCACUUGUGACGAAAAUGCCAUUAGGUAUUGUUGAGUUGAAAAGCCUACGAACUCUCUCUAAAAUCAUUAUUGAAGGAGAGAAUGGCUUUUCAAUGACCAACCUUAAAGACUUGAAAUAUCUCCAAGGGAAAGUUUCCAUUAAGGGGCUGGAAACAGUCCAAAGCCCACAGGAAGUGGAUUUUUCUGAAAAGAGGCUAACAGAGUUAAAGCUGGAAUGGCGUGAUGUAUAUGAUGGUUCGCAAAAGGAAACACCAGAAAAGGAGGUCCUUUGUGGGCUGAAGCCUCACAGUGAUGACUUGAUAAAGCUUGGAAUAAUGUCAUUUGGAGGUAAAGAGUUUCCAAAUUGGAUUGGGGAUCCUUCAUUUCUUCGGUUGGCUAGUGUGUCCAUAAAAGGUUGCAAAAAUUGUACAUCCUUACCGCCACUUGGGCAGCUACCUUCACUGAAGAAGUUGUCUAUUUUUUUCAUGGAUGAGGUGAAAGUUGUGGAUUCAGAUUCACAUGGGACUGGUCUUGCAUUCCCUUCACUUGAAAGUCUAUCUUUGGUUCAUAUGAACGGAUGGGAGGUAUGGUUAGGUACAACUUUUCCAUGCCUUCAAAAGCUAUUCAUAAGUAAUUGUCCUAAUUUGGUUAGAAUAUCACUUGAAGCACUACCCUCACUAAGGGAUCUAACAAUACAUGAUUGUGGUCAUCAAGUGUUAACAGGUAUUGUUCGUGUAACUUCCUCAGUUACCCUGUUUCAUAUAAAUAAAAUCCGUGGUCUUACCGACCAGCUGUGGAGAGGUGUUAUAGAGUAUCUUGGGACAGUUGAAGAAAUAGAAAUUGAAUGGUGUGAUGAAAUAAGUUACUUGUGGGAAUCUGAAGCAAUGUCAAGUAAUGUUCUUGUACAUUUAAGGAAGUUGGCAGUAUCUUGGUGUUCAAAUUUGGAGAGUUUAGUAGAGAAUCACUGUUGGAGCAACCUAACAUCUCUUAGGAUCUUGGAAGUAUUCUUUUGUCCGACAAUGCAGUGUUGCAGCUGCCCAAAUAGCAUUCAGACGUUGAAUAUCACUGGCUGUAGUUCGAUUACGUCUAUCUCCUUCCCAUCAGGAGCGCAGAAACUCAAGUCAGUUACGAUUAACGAUUGUGAGAAACUAUUGGAGAAUGUGGUGGGAGGAGCAGAUGAGACUGGGGUGCUUAUCAACUCAAGCAUGCGAAUGCUUGAAUCUGUUGAGAUAACUGAUUGGCCACAUCUGAAAUCCAUCAUUGAAUUGAGUCGGUUCAUUCACCUCACCAAAUUGAAAAUAACAGAUUGUCGGGAGAUGCAGUCGUUUCCAUACCACGAGUUGCCCAGUCUCACUGUGUUAAAACAUCUGACAAUAAAAAACUGUCCGAGUAUAAAUGCUUCCUUCCCUUGCGGGCUUUGGCCUCCAAAAUUGCGUCACCUUGAAAUAGGGAGGUUGAACAAGCCAAUGACGGAGUGGGGCCCACAGAAUUUUCCAACCUCACUUGUUGAAUUAUUGUUAAUUGGUGGACGAACAGAAGAUCUGAGUAAUUUUAGUCAGUUCUCCCAUCUUCUUCCGCCAUCUCUUACUUAUCUCUGCAUAAUCGAAUUUCAGAAACUGGAAUCACUUUCAACUGGACUCCAACACCUCACCUUCCUCCAGGAAUCUAUGAUUGCCCAAAUCUGGAUGAACGGUGUCGUAAAAAAGGCUCCUACUGGUGGCCCCUCAUUGCCCAUAUCCCCUCACUCGACAUACACUGAAGAUUACCUUCCCCUGGGAAUAGCCAUUGAUGGAUUGCAAAAUUUAUCAAAAUGGUUACUGAUUCACACGAUUUACAGCCAAGGAAUAUACAAGGCUGGUUCCUCUCAGGCUGCUUGCAGAUUGGAAAAUCAUUAUGUAGCUUCCAAAGUUGACUUCUUCUGUUUAUAA